CCCAAAGUCGCAAAACGCCAGCAAAUACCAGCAGACGUUACAUUUGUAGUGGUUUUAAGUGAGUGCAGCAGGUGGCAGUGUCCUUUUAAAUAUAAUAAGCUUGGGAGGAAAAGUUGUGGCGACGCUAGAGAGCCAGGAAGACUGUGUCUGUCUGUUACUCACUUGGUUAAUUUGAAUGGCGUCAGACUAUCCAUAGCAAUUCCAGAUCUGUCAACUGCGCAGCGCGUUACAUUUUUGCACUCAUUCAGAUCUAACAAAAAAGGAGUAGAAGUGAAUGACCGAAUUAUUACUCUAGCUUCGUGCAUGUCAACAAAGUUGCGCAUUUAGUCUGGAAUACUCAUUUUACAGCCACGUGGCGUACUCAUAUACUUUAGUAUAAUUUUCAACAUCGAUCACGAGUAAGGAUGCGAGACCGAACCAAAGAGUUGGGGAAUCAAGGUGCUGAGUCCUCAGACGAGGAUGAAGAGAGAACUCUUAUGAUCAAGCCAGGAUCUGCUGAGAAAGAAGAAAAAGAGAAUGAGGCUUUCUUUAAGAAGGUGCAAGAGGUUCGGGAAGGACUUGAGACUCUUAGGAAGAAGGUUUCAGACCUGGAGACCAAACAGAAAACCAUUUUGGGAGUGGCAUUGCCAGAAGAUAGUAUGAAAAAGGAACUUCAGUUGCUCAGGGAUGAAAUCAAAACAAUAGGUGGUCAAAUUCACAAGAAAAUCAAGAGUCUUGAACCUAAGAAAACUGAAGAAGAUGGAAAAUAUGUCCCCAUCAGUACUAGAAUGCAGAAGACACAGCAUGCCAUCCUGUCACGCAACUUUGUUGACUUGAUGGGUUACUGCAAUAAUCUUCAGGCUAACUACAGAGACCGGAAUGUGGAACGAAUAGAAAGACAACUUAAAAUCACCUGUAGUUCGGCAACACAAGAAGAAGUGGAAUCUAUGAUAGAGACCGGACAGACUGAUGUUUUCACGCAGAAUAUUCUGGGUGAUGCUACCGCUACCAAGCAGGCGCUAAACGAGAUUGAGACGCGGCGAGAUGAAAUCCUAAAGCUGGAGAAGAGCAUCAAGGACCUUAGUGACCUCUUUCAGUAUCUCCACAUGGAGGUGGAGGCACAGGGGGAGAUGAUUGACAACAUCGAGAACAACAUUCUCAACUCCACAAACUACGUUGAGAAGGCCGUUACUGACACCGCAAAAGCAGUAGUCUCCAGCAGUAAAGCGCGCAAGGUGAAGUGCUCUCAUUUAAAAUGGUCAUUGUGUCCAAAUGUCUCUGGGAUGAGAUUUCUUCUGUACAGACACGCCUUCUUCUUGGCUGCAAUGUCACAUUUUCAGAAAAGGAAGUCCCCUUUCCACCUCAGUCCUGUGUCUCUGGGCCAUCUCCACGCUGAAGACAGCCCAGUGGGAGAAGAGGAGAGGACCUGA